AAGCCUAUUGAAUUCAUUCAAGUUCACAAUCACUACACAAGCAUAACGCCCGCGAAUCUCCAAACCCUUUAAUAUGAGCAACCUUUCGAGCGAAGAAGUCAUGAGACCUACGUUGAACAUUCCUGUCGAAUUGCAAGCCUCUCUGCUUCAUGAGAGAACAGUCACGAACAGCAUGGUGCCGGGGCUUCGGCUGGAUACCGUACCGCACCGUCAACGCAUUCCUACUGCGAGUCAGAUAGACUUCCGCGUCAAGUUGCUCCGCAGCCUCCGACAGGGGUGGAAGGGGGACGACACAGAGGCCAAGUUCCUUCAGUUAGUCGACAUGAUUCAAACCGACGGUUGCGGCUUAUUUGGCGGCCUAAUCGAAGAAGCCAUCUUUGAGAAGCUUGUUACCGCAUACGACAAGGUGCAGGUGCAAUCCGGCAACAAUGCCUUCAUGCACUCUUAUGUCAACCUCGCAGUCGAGCAUAACUUCUUCCUUGGGGGGGAGUAUAUUGAGGCUUUUAGCCACCCGCUCCUCGUUGCUCUAAUCUCCUAUCUUCUUGGAGGAUCCAUCCGCAUUGUGGAUUUUAGGGGGAAGGACAACAAUCCUUUGUCAAUCAAUGCCCAGGACAACAUGCUCCAUGUUGAUAAUACACCUUUCAAAGAAGAAUACAAAGUCUUACUCAAUUGGAGACGAGGUCAAGUGAAGGGUCCCUCUGGUCAAAACUUCACCUUUCUACCCUGGACUCACAAAGGCAACCGAGAUAUCCUCGUCGAUGCAGAGGGACUGCCCUGGUCUACAGAGAGAGAUAGUCUCUUUGUGAGUCAUGAUGCUAUCAACGGUCUAUUUGAAUUUCAGAAGCAGGUCAAAGGCAGCUCGAGCGUGGUAGAGGCAAAGCAUCCCGAUCAACCGUUGGCAAUCGUCUUUCCAGCAGGAGCGCUUGUCCACCAUCGCUAUCGGACCGAGGAAGGCGACCCGAGAAGCUGCAUUAUUACGGCUUUCCAUCUAUCCAGCAAGCAUCCUGGUCAAAUUUCGGAUCUACCGCCUAUCUCUGGCCGGAAGAAGAGUCUCAUUGAAUUCCUCGUCGGUCAUCAAGACGAAAAUUCGAACGACGAGCUCUUGGAUUUGCUUUCGAGCGAGUCUUCGCGCAUUGAGGAUAAGCUUAACCAGCUGCUCCAGCCGUCCCAUCCGAGCAAGCUCAUCGAUAUAGGGCCUCUUGCUUUGAAGGGCGAGAGACUGAUUCAAUGGCGCAAUGCUAUCGUGAGUGCGCCCAGUCCCGUGGUGCACAAAUAUAACAACAACCUUCGCCUAUCAGAUGCUGAUUUCAGCAACCUCAAUGUUCUCACGGAAAGAUUGGCGGCAAUCAUGGAUUAUGACAAGCACUGCAACUUGCAAAUGAUUCUAUACAAAGAUGGACGCGAGGAAAUCCGGAAACCAGGCCGCAAGAUCAUCGGCGAAAUGAAGAAGGACAAUAUCAUAGCUCGCCUGAAGCCCUGGACGCCGGAGCUCUGCCCAGGUCCAUUUUCAGCGCACGACUUAGUCGAUCCGAAGACUCUGAGGAUAUUCUGCGAUGCGGUGGCCGCGCUGGCAAAACACCUAGCUCAAGACCCUAAUACUGAGGGUGAAGGCAACGAGCCAGAGCGUAUGACGGGCCAAAGGAAAAUGUUCAUGUCUCUAAGUCGUCUGAUGAUGGAUCUGGGAGAAGCCAUCAUGAGAUGUGAAGGCGUGGAGGCUUUUCUUGCGACCACACUGUUCCUAUUCUUGACAUCUGAGGAGAUUUACUCACAUCUAGAUGAGUCAGACAAACGUGCCAUCCGCUUCAUGUUGGUGAUUUUCCUCAGAAACUAUGUGGCGGCCGUUCUUCUGGUCGAGGCAACUGUAUCUUCGCAAAGCUAGGGCAGAAGUGUUGAAUUCCAUACACGGCCCAGAUCAUUAAUAUGUUGGCCGUACGUCUUAUGCUGUACGAAGAUACGUACGUACAGAUAUUAUGAGAGACGACUAAAUCGGGGGACUACAGCUAUGCAGCCAACAUUCUUUUACUAUGGCCACCGCAUACAUGCAUUAUGCACUUAGCACUGGUUUCGUCUUUUUGAACUUUUUUCGCAACGAUUUUCUUUAGUAGCUAGUUGAUGGCCGCCAGAGUGUCUUUUAACAGGUCCUUACAUUUGAUAGUUUUCUUAAUCAAAGUUCUUCCUGUAUUCAUUCCAA